GUGAUUAGGACUCUUAAGUUCUCACUGUGGGAGGGCUCAGGUUCACUCCCUGGUUGGAGAACUAAAAUCCCCCAAGCCACUCAGCUUGGGCAAAACCAAACCAAACUAGAACAACCCCCUUUUAUUUAGAAAGGCUGAAAUGAUUAUAUGCUAAUUAGAACAGCUAGGUUGUAUAAAAAAUAACUUGAAAAUUCCUUUUUGCUGUUCUCCAAGAGUUAGAUUUCAUUAUACAGGCUUUGUUUUUUCUUCAGGUCCGGAAAAAAAAUAUACAACUAAUUUUUAACAAAUAAUUUAUUCCUCCCUUUCCCACGUUUAGAAGUCCUUAUGAUCCCUCAGUUCCUUCUGGAACAAACUUUUCUCUUCUCCAGCUAGCCCCAGUGGGUUCACCUUUACAAACUCCGGGACUAGGACAGAAAGUAAUGCUUGAAUGUUUCUUCACUACGACCUAUACAUUUUUAUAUUCACAGAAAGUGUGGCUGAAUAUAUCCCACAGGUGACAAGGUUAAAAUCUGGGGAGUGGAAUUUGUAGGCCAAGUAUCUUACUUAAACAGUUUUGUACUCUGAAAUGAAUUUUAAACUUCUGUAAUACAAAACUUAAAAAAGAAAAAUAGGAAAACAAUAUGAAGGAGAUUCUAAAUGCCAAAUGAGUAAAUAAUAGAGAUAAUUAUGGACUGUAGAAAUUCAGUUUGGCUGGGAUGACCAAAAAGGCUUUCCAGGAUAAAACAGAGCAUCAGAGAUGUUUUGAGGCUCAAGUUUUCCACAGAGAAAAACAAAAGCAGGAGAAUGCUUGUUGUCUUUGGAGGACAAAGAUAAUCUGCAAUAGCAGGCAUUAAAUUUGGCAAUGAGGCGCCAGCGUGGGUCUCUGAGUAUCUCAGAGCCGACGAUAAUGUGGUGUUUUAAGAUUAAAUUUGUGCCUGGCGUGCUGCAGUCCAUGGGGUCGCAAAGAGUCGGACAAGAGUGGGCAACUGAACAAAAUUAAACUUAAAUUACCCUGCCGCAGUGUAGCAGGUGAGAUUUAGCUCUUGGAGUGCGGGUGCCCACGAGGGGGUGCUAUUUCAAAACAGAGGCCCACUUGGACUAAGGCAAAAGGAACGAGCAGCAGGUAAAACGUCAAAGAGGGCGCUUCGACAGUUGGGCAGAUUAAAAAAAUUAAAAGAUGAGCAAAAGGUAAAUAUCUCCUUCGCGCUCCGAAACUAGGUCCUCAAGCGCAACACAAAAUCAUGCAUUACCGAAUGCCUGUACCACGUGCCCCUCAGGCUCUGCUGAAUGCGACUACUACUCCCAGGCUCCCUCGCGAGGCCAGUGCCGUCUUCCCGGGUGCAAAUCGAUAUCACCGCUCAGUCUUCUGGGAUUCGUAGUCUUGCAUGGUCUCUCGGGAGUUGUAGUUCCCUUCCGACAAUCGGCUGGGCGAGGCGGCGCCGGCGAUUAGAGCUGCGCUGGGUGUUCAGGGGCCAAGAUGGCGGCGCGCCGGGGACGGAGAGACGGAAUCGCGCCGCCUGCGAGUGGGGGCCCUGGCCCCGACCCUGGAGGUGGAGUGCGCAGCACCGGUUGGGGGAGUCGGAGCCAAGCACCAUAUGGCACCGUGGGCGCUGUGAGUGGCGGGGAGCAGGCGCUGCUGCACGAGGAGGGUGAUGAUUCUGGCUUUGUCAGUCUGUCUCGGCUGGGCCCCUGUUUGAGGGACAAGGACCUGGAGAUGGAGGAGUUGAUACUGCAGGAUGGGGCGCUGCUGGGGACCAUGCACAGCUAUAUGGAUGCCUCCCUCAUCUCCCUCAUUGAAGAUUUUGGUAGCCUUGGAGAGAGCAGAUUAUCUCUGGAGGACCAGAAUGAAGUGUCACUGCUCACAGCUCUGACGGAGAUCUUGGACAAUGCAGAUUCUGAGAACCUAUCUCCAUUUGAUAGCAUUCCUGACUCGGAGCUGCUCGUGUCACCUCGGGAGGGCUCCUCUCUGCACAGGUUGCUCAGCCUCUCUCGGACACCCCCAGAACGUGACCUCAUCACUGCAACUGACCCACUGGGGCCCAGCACAGGCAGUAGUAGAGUUGAGAUGGCGCUCGCAGAUCCCCCUUGGGACUUCUCUCCACCUUCCUUCUUGGAGACCUCCUCCCCUAAGCUUCCUAGUUGGAGACCCCCAAGGUCAAGAACCCGCUGGGGCCAGUCCCCUCCUCCCCAGCAGCGUAGUGAUGGGGAGGAAGAGGAGGAGCUGGCUGGCUUCAGCAGUGAGAUGCUUGCUGGGGAGCUUAACAACUCUGUGAGCAGCAUCCCAGACUUCCCCAUGCACCUAGCCUGUCCUGAGGAGGAAGAGAAAACAGCAGCAGCAGCAGAGAUGGCAGUACAGGCAGCUGGAGACGAGAGCAUCUCCUCCUUGAGUGAGCUGGUGCGGGCCAUGCACCCGUACUGCCUGCCCAACCUCACCCACCUGACAGCGCUCGAGGAUGAGCUUCAGGAGCAGCCAGAUGACUUGACACUGCCUGAGGAUUGUGUGGUGCUGGAGAUUGUGGGUCAGGCGGCCACAGCUGGCAAUGACCUGGAGAUCCCAGUUGUGGUGCGACAGAUCCCUGCUGGCCCCCAGCCUGUGCUCCUGGAUGACACACUAGAGGUCAGUCCGGCCUUGCAGCUGCUCAUGCCACCACUAGAGGUGGAGACAGAGGUUGCUGUUCCCAAGGAAACCCUCUGCCCUAAGGAUGAGGGCUUGUCACUGGACUCAAAGGAAAAGUUGGAGUCAGCCUCCAUGUUGGAGCCCAGGGAGGUCAUGGAGCCGGUGGCACCCAAGGGGCCUCAGAACCCACCAGCCAACACAAUGCUAAGUUCCCAGAGGGCUCGAAAGGGCAGGAGGAAGAAGAGCAAGGAGCAGCCAGCUGCCUGUGCAGAGGGCUACACCAGGAGGCUGAGGUCGGCCUCUCGUGGGCAGUCUACAGCUGUUCCAGAGGUGACCUCUCAAGGAGGCAGCCUGCCUCAGGAGGACCUUCAAAGAGAGAUUGGGCCUCCCCAUGGUAGAGGGAAGCCCCGAGCUUGGGCUCGGGCCUGGGCAGCUGCCUUGGAGAAGCCCAGCUCUGUGAACUUGGAGAGCAGUACUGAGCAAGCUAGUCCUGCUAAAGAAGAUCCUGUAGACCUCUGCCCCAGCCUGGUUGACCCUAUCCAAGCCAACCCUGUUUCAACGCAUCUCUCACUGGUCAACUCUGCUCAAGCUGACCCCAUGCCACUUGACUCUGUUGAAGCUGAUUCCACUGUAGUUGACCCUGGUCCCAUUGCGACUGACACUGAACCUGUUGACCCUGUGCUAACUAACCUUGCUUCAGCGAACUCAGAGCUGGUUGACCCUCUCCCAGCUGAUGCAGUCCUGGCUGACUCAGCAGCAGCUGACCCUGCAGUGGUUGUUCCCAUCUCAGACGACUUGUCUCCAGUUGACCCUGUCCUGGUCAAGUCAGUACAGGUUGACUCUGUUCCCAAUGACCUGUCUCCAGUUGACCCUGUACUGGUUAAGUCUAGGCCAACUGAUCCCAGACGUGGUGCAGUAUCCUCAGCCCAGAGGAAUCCAGGUGGCCAGCUCCUCCUGGAAUCAGAGUCCUCAGAACCCCCAAAGGACAACAGUCCUGAAGUCAGGGAGGUUGUAGGUCCUCUGAAGGGAGAAACUGGUACCAGUACCACAACCCAGGAAGUCAGGCCUCGGCCUCUUAGCCUAUCUGAGUACCGGCGACGAAGGCAGCAGCGCCAGCCAGGGGCCGAAGAGAGGACCCUUCAGCCUCCUGCUGGGAAGUGGCCCAGCCUCCCAGAAACUCCCACAGGGCUGGCAGACAUCCCUUGUCUUGUCAUCCCUCCAGCCCCAGCCAAGAAGACAGCUCCGCAGAGAAGUCCUGAGGCUCCUCCUGAGGCUUGCUUUGGGUCUGUGGGCCCCAGCCCUGCCUCUCCUAGUCCUGAGCCACCUGUGAGCAAACCUAUGGCCUCAGCUCCUACUGAGCAGGUGCCAUCCCAAGAGAAGCUGCUGCCAGCAAGACUGCCACCUCCUGCUGUGCAGCCCAUGCCCCCCACAAUGCCCACUGCUCUGCCUUUUCCAGCUGGUGGGCUGGGCAUGACUCCUGUGUUGCCCCUUCCCACAAAUGGGCAAGCUGUGCCCAAUCUGCCUCCACCACCCUUGCAGCCUCCUAAUGUUCCGAUAUCUCUGGGGCCAGUGCCACCUGAUCCCUAUACUCACUAUGCCCCUGUGCCACCCUGGCCUUGUUAUCCUCCUGUGUCUCCUUCUGGCUAUCCUUGCCUGCCCCCCCCACCAACGGUGCCCCUAGUGUCUGGUACUCCAGGUGCCUAUGCUGUGCCCCCCACUUGCAAUGUGCCUUGGGUACCUCCUCCUGCCCCAGUCCCACCGUAUAAUUCCAACUGUACCUACGGGCCCUUGGGAUGGGGCCCAGGGCUGCAACACCCUCCGUUCUGGCCUGCUGUUCCCCCACCUCCUUUGCCACUAACCUCAGUUGGAAGAGUUGUCCCCCCACCCAAGGUGGAGCCUGGUGGCAUCCCAGCUGGCUCUCCUGAAAGUGUGCCAGCUGUGCCGAUGGCUCCUCCCCUCAGUCUUGGGGCAGCUGGCCAGGGAGCUCCACAGACAGAGCCCAUCCAGGUGGAGGUCAAGCCAGUGCCUGCAUCUCCCCAUCUGAAACACAAGGCGUCCUCCCCAGUGCACAGCCCUCGGAUCAAGGCUCCACCGUGUGCGUCUGCUGAGAAUGUGGCUAUUGAGGAGCCUGCAUCAGAGAGGCUAAAGCCUGAGCCACAGGAGACUAGGCCCAAGGAGAAACCACCCUCUCCUGUUGCCAAGGCUGUUCCCACACCGGCACCAAGGCAGGGUGCUACCACCAAACUGCCUGCUGUCCACCCAGCCCGUCUAAGGAAACUGUCCUUUCUACCUACCCCUCGUACCCAGGGUCCUGAGGCCGUGGUGCAGGCUUUCAUCAGUGAGAUUGGAAUUGAGGCGUCGGACCUGUCCAGUCUGCUGGAGCAAUUUGAGAAAUCAGAAGCCAAAAAGGAGUGCCCUCCCCCGGCUCCUGCUGACAGCCUGGCUGUAGGAAACUCAGGCAGCGUUGACACUCCCCAGGAGAAGAGGCCCCUAGACCGGUUACAAGCCCCAGAACUGGCCAACGUGGCAGGGCUCACCCCUCCAGCUACCCCUCCCCAUCAGUUAUGGAAGCCCCUGGCUGCUGUCUCUCUGCUGGCCAAAGCCAAAUCUCCUAAGUCCACCGCCCAGGAGGGAACCCUGAAGCCUGAAGGAGUUACAGAGGCCAAACAUCCAGCUGCAGCCCGCCUCCACGAAGGGGUCCGUGGCCCUAGUCCAGUCCAUGUGGGCUCUGGGGACCAUGACUAUUGUGUUCGGAGCAGGACCCCCCCAAAAAAGACGCCUGCCCUAGUCAUUCCAGAGGUGGGCUCCCGAUGGAACGUCAAACGCCAUCAGGAUAUCACCAUCAAGCCUGUCUUGUCCCUGGGCUCAGUCACCUCUGUGCCUCCAGGCACAGCUGCCUCCCAGAAGCCACUUGAUCACAGGACUAGCAAAGAGCAGGCAGAUCCCCAAACUCCUUGCCUUGCCCCGUCUGCCUUGCUGUCCCCUGAGGCCUCACCCUGCCGGAAUGACAUGAACACUAGGACUCUCCCUGAUCCCUCAGCCAAGCAGCAGUCAGUGCGCUGUUAUCGAAAAGCCUGCAGGUCAGCCAGCCCCCCAAGCCGGGGCUGGCAAGGCCGCCGUGGCCGCAGCAGCCGUUCUGUCAGCUCUGGGUCCACCCGGACCAGCGAAGCAUCUUCCUCCUCAUCCUCAUCGUCGUCUUCCUCAUCCCGAUCCCGGUCCCGGUCCCGGUCCCUCUCCCCCCCACACAAGAGGUGGCGAAGGUCCAGUUGCAGUUCUUCUGGACGUUCCCGAAGAUGCUCUUCCUCUUCCUCCUCCUCAUCUUCCUCCUCCUCUUCCUCAUCCUCAUCAUCUAGUUCCCGAAGCCGAUCCCGCUCUCCAUCUCCUCGCCGGAGAAGUGACAGGAGGCGGCGGUACAGUUCUUAUCGUUCACACGACCAUUACCAAAGGCAGAGAGUUCUGCAGAAGGAGCGUGCAAUAGAAGAGAGAAGAGUGGUCUUCAUUGGGAAGAUACCUGGCCGCAUGACUCGGUCAGAGCUGAAACAGAGGUUCUCUGUUUUUGGGGAGAUUGAGGAAUGCACCAUCCACUUCCGUGUCCAAGGUGACAACUAUGGCUUCGUCACUUAUCGGUAUGCCGAGGAGGCAUUUGCAGCCAUUGAGAGCGGCCACAAGCUGAGGCAGGCGGAUGAACAGCCCUUUGAUCUCUGCUUUGGGGGCCGCAGGCAGUUCUGCAAGAGAAGCUAUUCUGAUCUUGACUCCAACCGGGAAGACUUUGACCCUGCUCCUGUAAAGAGCAAAUUUGAUUCUCUUGACUUUGACACAUUGUUGAAACAGGCCCAGAAGAACCUCAGGAGGUAACCCUGGGCCCUUGUCCCCCAUCCCCUUUUCUUUGGAGGUGCCCAACCUCCUCCAUUCCCCUCCCCCAGUCUAGGGGAGAGAGCUGCUAGCGAGGAGAUGACUGUUUUCUAAAGAAAUGGAAAAAAAGUGAAAUAAAAAUGUAAUACAUCAGAUUUUAAGUGGUAUUUGUUUUUUAUAAUAGGCUUUGAAACACAUUAACUUGCAUUCCUAUGUAAGAUGGAUGGGGUUGAGGCAGACUAAUAAACAUGAACUAGAGAG